UCGUGCGCUACAGUGCAAGGACAAAAAGCUUUCCCCCCUCCCCGCCGUUGUUUCCCCCCACGCGCGCAUAGAACCCCCCCAAACCCCGAGCGCCCGCGGCCAGAGACACCCAUCACACACCCGCAUCACGCCACCCCGUCCAGGCAUCCCCAUCCGUCACCGAGCACCCAUGGCGAAGGGAGGUGCAGGCCAGCGCGAGGGUAGCGCCCUGAAGACGGCGGUGAUCGUCGCUGGAGGGCUCGCGCUCGCAUGGGUCACCGUGGAGACCGCCUUCAGGCCCUUCAUGGACCGCCUCCGCGCCGCCGUCUCCCGCUCCACCGACGCCGCCCGCGACCCCGACCAGGAGGAGGACCCCGCGCCUGCCGCUGCGGCCGAGCCGGAGGAGGAGAAGGCGCCCGCACCAGCGGAGCCGUCCGCGCCGCCGGCCCCGGCCGAGGUGGAGGAGAAGGUGGCCGAGUUGGAGGAGAAGGUGGAGGAGGCCGCCGCCGCCGCCGCCGACAAGGCCGAGUGAAGGGGAUGGCGACAUAGCGACCUGUCUGUCUGCUCUUCUGAAUAGUAUGCUGUUGGUUCUGUGAAUCUGUUCUGUGAUUUGAAACCUGUCUCUGUCAUGGAUAGUGCAAAGUUUGGACUAUAAUUUCAGUGAGUUUAGCAGUAAGGUUGCGUUCGUCUUUCGCAAAAAAAAAAAAAAGGUAAGGUUGCGUUCGUUUUUGGCUUUGGUACCAUUUAGUUCACGUCGUUGAUGGUUUGAUGUGAUGAUAUGUGUGUUUAAAUGUUUAUUAAACUGCUGACUACUUGAUUAUGA